CGAGCAGCGUGAGAAUUUUAUGAGAAAAACGUCGAACACGAGCUCGAACUGAGUGGAAAAAUAAAAAACUGCGGAGAGGAAGUGUAAAAAGUUGUACUGGCCACGACCACUGCUGGUUCGUUGCUUUAUUGAGGCGGAGUCAUAUUCAGUGUCCCUGUCUGUCGUGCUGCGGGUAGUUGAGAAUUUUUAUCGGAGCGGCAUGACGAGAAUAAAGAAAAGCACAAGAAUGAUAAAAAUCUGAAACACCGUCACCGGUAUAGAGCAUUGAAUGAUAGAAGUAAAGAAAGUAUUAAAAGCCAGCUGCUUGUUUUAUCCAAAAUAAGAUGGCCCGCCCCGCUGCAUUUCUUCUGCAACUUCUGCAGCUACUAUCCGGUGGUCAGGCAGCAGUUGUUUUCGGAUUCGGCGGAGGCGGCAAUAUUAACAGGAGGUUCUUCUUGGCAUCAAGCCCGCAGUCAUCUGCAGCUGCUUCCUUUGUCACCCUGGUGACGCCGUUUAACUUCUUCCAGUUCGCCUCCGCACGGGCUCUGGCGCGAGAGCACAGCGAGUUUGCUUCGUCUGACGAUAUGCAAUGUAGAGGAUUUCCCGUAUGCGUAUCGUAUCACAUCACGGAGUACAAGAUUAAAAUGUUGCAUCACUAAAUUUUACAAACGUUAACGUUGAAAAUGGGAUUUGUAGUGCUAAAGCAAAUUCUAAUUCGAGGUUCGACUUUGCUCGUCAGCAUUACCGUAGAUGAGCUAGAGGUUUGUCAUGCGAGUGAAGGCCGCAAUGAAUUCGUAUGUGCCGUGCGGGAAAUUUUCAUUCGAUACCCUACGAGUUCUUGUACUACGAACACGAUGGAGACGAGGAAGGAGCAGACGAGGCUCCGUUCGAAGACGAUCAUGAACAGCACGACGAGGAUCAUCUUCAUGCGCAUUUGGAAGUCACAAGCAGCGCCGGGUUCGUUUCAACAACACCAGGAGACCAGGAGCACGUCCAGAGCAAAGAAAAGGGAAAAGCAGACAACUACUACCCAAAGUACUUCCGCGCGAAGGAGAAGUCCUCCGGGAGAAGUGCUGGAUCCCCUUCGUCUCCAUCCUCCUCCACAUUGGAGCUGGAUGUUGCGGAGGCGGAAAAACUAGCCAAACUCGAACGAGAAGAAGAAGAACGUCAGCACCAGCUGCGCGUUAUGAACUGCAAAAGUAUCGUACUAGUAGGAGUAGGACUUGCAAUAGUACACAUUAGCUCAGCAUGACAAAUGGAAUUUGUCAUGCUGUUUCACCUUGGGAUGGAAAUUUCAAUUUGUAAUGCAUGAUUGCGAUUUUUACUACGAGUACGAUACUUUUGCACUGCAUACGCGUCGCCGGAAGUCUGUUGAAUCGAACCCGGGACGCCAAAGACGCGUUUCUGGGCGCGAUCAACCGCACCAAAGAAGCGGCGGCAAGGAGGUUCAAUGAGACCAAGGUAUGAGCAUGGAAGGAGUAACAUCGUCAUGCACUAGUAUGAAAAAUCGCAUGACGAAUUCGCCUAGCAUGAUGAUGAAUAUGAGCGAAACAGGAAUUUGUAAUGCUGAGGUGGCUUAGGAAUUGGUGGAUGUGGAUCUGGAUAUUUGUCAUGUUGUAGUACCAUUGCAAUUUCUACGUUAAUACGAGAGUAAGUACGAUGCUACUUCUUUGCGCACAUGUUGAUACAAGGAGAAAUUUCACAACCUGAUGGGAAGCUUGCAGGGCAUGUUGUAGGUAGCACUUCGUGUGGAAGUAUCAGGAGUGCUGACACGGAGGGAGAGCUGAGGAGCGUGGCCUAUCGGCUUCGCGACUCCGUCCUUCGCUCCUCGGCGUCGGUCCGCCGGUGUUGAUUGCUUGACUGCAGUCGACGCAGUCGAGGGGUUCAGCGGUUGGUGUGGGGGCGAGAGGGAGCGCUGCAUAGAUGCUCUUUUGCUUCUGUGAACAGGUUCGAUCUUCUCCUGCUUCGGGGUCUCCCAGGAGAUCCUGAUUCAUCCAACGGGCCUGGGGACGCUUUUGUGGCCUUUGCGAAACCUAAACUUACUAAACACAGCUACGACAGAUAGCGUCUACUUACCGAGACGCGUGGUCGGUCGCGCAGUGCUUUGUGCUGCUUCCGCCACGAGACGAGUCCGCGGAACCCUCCCGGGCCUUACUUAUUUAGUCACAUUUGGGAGCACGCCCCCACUAUCCUCACCCGGUUCCCGGGUUGUGUCGCGGGGAUAUGUCCCGGCACGAUUCCACAAGCCUCGCUACUUUGCUACGCCGCCCCGUGCGCCCUGCUCUCUGUCCCCGACAGUGCGGGCUGCCCCCUUUGUUUAGUCGCAUUUGGGGAAGAUAUUCGGCGGUCCCAGUCGCGCCUCGCGGCUUGGGACACCUCUAUGUCCGGGGCAUGGCUCUGUGGGGGUCGAGAGCCUGGCUUGCAUGGCCUGCUACCCGUAGCUCGUUGUGCCGGCCGGGUUCUCUCUUGGCUGCCAUUGUGACUGUCGCUCGAGGUCUUGCGACUAUCACUGCGACGCGCUUCUGGACGUCAUUCGCUUCCGUUGGUUGCGCGCGCGUUCACUCUAUGGGUGAAUUGCGCAGAGAAGGUGAAAUUAUAUACGUUACGAGAGUAACUACGAUGCUACUUCUUUACAUGUUGAUACAAGGAGAAAUUUCACAACCUGAUGGGAAGACGUAUGGAAGAUUCUCAACUGUUUACAUUCUCAGCUGUUACAUGAUUUGUCAUGCAAAAUGACCACGAUGAGCAUGAGCCGCCAGACGAUCAAGCUGCUUCGCAUGACAAAUUAUCGAAGGGCCAAACAGCAUCUAGAUCUGUGCCAAAUUUGUGAUGCAAGAGUUGCAAGCCUGCCCUUUUCCCUAUUGCUCUUUUUGCAUCACAAGGUCGUGUAAACAGUUGAAAAUGUAACAUUUGAGAACUCCAUAAGACGAAGUGCAGCCGGCACCAACGAGACCGCUGCGGGGCAAGAGGGAGCUGAUACGGGCGGGGGGGACAUAUCCAAUGCAAAUAUGUCUGGGUCUGGAAGAAUGCAAGUUUGUCAUGCUUGUCUCCCGUGACUCUUGAGCCUGUAAUGCGUGUUGAGCAGGAAAACAAGAGCCUCUUGCCUGUCAUGCAAAAAUGUAAGUAGUUUGUCAUGCGGAUAGCGAAACACAAAGGAGCCCAGAAACCUGUCAUGCGUGGCUGCCUAUUGCAGUUGUGUGUGUCCCCACAAUUCAUAAAAUAGCAUCACAAGUUCUUUCCAGACCCAGACAUAUUUGCAAUGCAUAGGACAACAAUCAACACGAUGCUGCGACCAGUGGCGGGACUAACAAGCCGAACGGAGCAGUAGCGGCGACCGGGAGUAGUUCUCCUGCCACCGAUGCAGCAGGACGAGAAAAUGCAAAUGCUGCGGGCGGACCGGGAGGUGAGCAUCAGCAUGCAGCAGUACGGGACGACAUCGACGAGGAAUCGUCAGAGGAGAGCAAAAAAGGGUCGGAGAACCGCAUGAGGCAGCUGGAAAAGUACGGUAGAAAAAUCCGAAACGAAAAAAAUAACGGUGGAACUAAUCAG